AUGUUGAAUGCGCUAUAUGUCUCUGCGCAAUUGCAACCUUGCUCUCUCCUCUUCUAUAGAAGAAGGGCUUCUGUGGCGGCGGCACUGAAAAUGUUAUCUUCAACUUCUGCACCUAACCCUAAAUUCAUACCCAUAAACCCUACCCUGAAUAAACCAACGUCAGAAUCCAAAUCCUCAAACCUUCGUCUAUUUGCUGAUCCCCAAAAUGGCGUUUUUAGUUGUCGCAACUUCACUCUAUCUAGAUGUUCCUGUUCAGCUACAAGCACGGAUCCCAUACCCAGUGUUUUGAAUACGGAGUGUUCGCUUGUUGUUGUGUCAUUUUACAAGUUUGCGGAUUUUCCAGAUCAUGCUGAUUUGAGGAAGCCUCUGAAACAGAUCUGUGAGCAGCUGCGUGUUUCAGGGGGUAUUAUUCUUGCACCAGAAGGAAUCAAUGGAAGCAUAUGUGGGACCUGGGAAUCUGUGGAAAAGGUUAUCGCAUUUAUCCAAACUGAUGACCGCCUAAAGGGGCUUAGACGUGUUGAGUCACCUGUUAGUCCCGAGGAAGAAGCUAUUCAUCAUGGACAUACAAGUAGUUCUCCUCUGGCUGCUGGGGAGGAUGCUCCCUUCCGAUGGGACCAUGUGAGGGUCAAGCUAAAGAAGGAGAUAGUUACGCUUGGAAUGCCUUCAGUGUCUCCAGUUGAAAAGGUUGGAAAGUAUGUCAGUCCAAAGGAUUGGAAUACAUUGAUUACCGAUCCAGAUACUGUGGUGAUUGACGUGCGCAACGACUAUGAAACUAGAAUUGGGAAGUUCAAAGGGGCAGUUGAUCCUUGUACUACAGCAUUCAGAGAAUUUCCGCUUUGGGUGGAGGAACAGUCCAAGUUGGUUGAAUCAAAGGAUAUGGUGGAGUCUUCAUGUUCAAUUGAAACCACAGAAAAGAAAGUUGAGGAAAAGGAAAAGAAAAUGCCACCCCGAGUGGCAAUGUAUUGUACUGGUGGAAUUCGGUGUGAAAAAGCUACGAGUUUUCUUCUAAGCAAAGGCGUUAAAGAGGUUUAUCAUCUCCAAGGUGGAAUUUUGAAAUAUCUCGAGGAAGUACCUAGAGAAGAGAGCCUUUGGGUGGGGGAGUGCUUCGUGUUUGAUAAGCGAGUCUCGGUUGAACAUGGGCUGGCCCAAGGAACUUAUAAACUUUGCUAUGGAUGCAAGCAACCAGUAAGUGAUGCUGACAUGAAAGCUCCAGAAUGGGAAUAUGGAGUUUCCUGCCCGUACUGCUACGCAUCAAAAUCAGAAGAAGAGAAAGAGCGGGCAAGAGCUCGACAAAGGCAGUUUGAGACAUGGGGUAUAAUUGGUGGUCCAGACAAAGGCUGCAAACCCGUAAGAAUAGUUGAAGAGAGAGGUGCUAAGGAGGUGCCAAGUUCAAUUUAG